UUUCUCCUCUACUUCAAAACCCGAGAGGUUGAAAGGAGAGAAUGGCGAAUUCGAGGAUUGCGAGGUUCGUCAUGGAGGCUGCGCCCCCGCAGUUUGUGAGCGUCAUGAGACACAGGACGUCGCAGAUGCUGGAUACCAUCAGCGAGGAGGAGAGAGAUGUUGGUCCGAGUGGCCCUCGCCGCUCGCCUCCGAAAAGCCUGGCCUCUGCUUGCAUGCCUUCUUCGUCUCUGACUGCUCGUGCUUCGGGUACCGCGUCCUUCGGAACUGCCACAGCUAAUUCGGGCAACUUUUUCCGCGGGGUAGAUAGAUCUUUGUCCAUGUUUGAAAGCUAGAUAUAUUCUCAAGAGAUAUGGGUUCUUGUCAUGAUGAAGAACGAGGACAUUCCCUUGUUGAAAAGGUCAUAAGGGUUGAAACCCUUGAGGCUGUAUUCGGUAUAGUAGUAAAUUAAGUGGUAAUAACUCUAUAUAUUGAAGUUCCCUUUUGUACAAUGGAGAUUUCCGAGCUGAUAAUAAUAGUAGCGGUUUCU